GGGAGGGCGCGGGCCGGAGGAGGGGCGGACCCGCCCGCGCAGCGCCUGGCGGAGCAGUGCGGCCGGGGCUGGGCGCGACCCUGGCCAGGGGAGGCGCAGAUAGCGGGCGGAGCCCAUCGCCGGCUAUGCUGUGGCUGGCAGCCGCCGGAGCCCGGGCCAUCGUGGACAUGUCGUACGCCCGUCACUUCCUGGACUUCCAGGGCUCCGCCAUCCCCCGAACUAUGCAGAAGCUGGUGGUGACCCGGCUGAGCCCUAACUUCGGCGAGGCCGUCACCCUGCGGCGGGACUGCCCGGUGCCGCUCCCCGGGGACGGAGACCUCCUCGUCCGGAACCGAUUUGUUGGUAUUAACGCAUCUGAUAUCAACUAUUCAGCUGGCCGAUAUGACCCAUCGCUGAAGCCUCCCUUUGACAUAGGGUUUGAAGGUAUUGGUGAGGUGGUGGCCUUGGGCCUCUCUGCUAGUACCAGGUACACAGUGGGCCAGGCUGUGGCUUAUGUGACCCUGGCUUCUGGUUCCUUUGCUGAGUAUACAGUUGUGCCUGCCAGCAUUGCCACUCCUGUGCCUUCAGUGAAACCUGAGUAUCUCACCCUGCUGGUAAGUGGCACCACUGCAUACAUCAGCCUGAAAGAGCUUGGAAAGCUGUCAGAAGGGAAGAAAGUUUUGGUGACAGCAGCAGCUGGGGGGACAGGCCAGUUUGCUGUGCAGCUUUCAAAGAUGGCAAAGUGUCAUGUCAUUGGAACCUGCUCUUCUGAUGAAAAGUUGGCCUUUCUGAAAUCUCUGGGAUGCAGUCGUCCCAUCAACUAUAAAACUGAGCCCCUAAGAGCAGUCCUGAAGCAGGAAUACCCAGAUGGCAUUGAUGUAAUCUACGAGUCUGUUGGGGGAGCCAUGUUUGACCUGGCUGUGGACAGCUUGGCCACCAAAGGGCACUUGAUAGUAAUAGGAUUCAUCUCUGGCUACCAGAGCCCUACCGGACUUUCACCAGUGAAAGCAGGAAGUCUGCCAGCCAAGCUCCUGAAGAAGUCUGCCAGUGUCCAGGGCUUCUUCCUGAACCACUACUUCUCUGAGUACCAGGCUGCCAUGAAGCACUUGCUGGAGCUGUAUGCUCGUGGGGACCUGAUUUGUGAGGUAGAUCUGGGACACCUGGCUCCAGAGGGCAGGUUCAUUGGCCUGGACUCUGUAUUCCGGGCUGUUGACUAUAUGUACAUGGGGAAAAACACUGGGAAAAUUGUGGUUGAAUUACCUCACUCUGUCAACAGUAAGCUAUGACAACAAAACAAUGACAUGAACCAAAGGAAAAAAUCAAACAAGUGCCUCAUGCCUUAGUGAACAUAAAAUUUCUUAAAAUAAAAGUAAGGUGUUAAUGAUACCACUCUUAAUUCUCUCUCUUUCUCUCUCUUUCUCUGAAAAAAAAUAAAUGUGCUUCAAUAAAAGUUCUCUCUAUAGCUAAGAGGUAAAACGUUUACAUUCAGUUCUUUAGUCAUGGAUGGUCUCAUUCCAGAUUUUAUUGUUCCAGGGAAGUAAAUUAAUUCCUGAUGCAAGACCUGAUCGAGUCAGUGUGUCCCUAGCUUGAUGAGAUUUUUAAAUCAGUCUUGAAAAUAGCUCCCAAGUCUUCCUUGCUUUGGAAGCGUCUGCUCUUGUGUUAAUAAGUAGUUCACAAAUGAGAAGCUAGCACAAGACAGCCUUAUGCUUAGGAAGUUGCCUUUUUUUUUCUAUAAAUCACUAACCAAUGAUCUAAAUAGACAUUUGGGGAAGAAUUCUCCAAAUUUAAUCCUGUUAAGUUACUGGAAAGUGAUUCAGGAAACACAGAUAUAUCUUAAGAAAGUGCCCAUUAUUUGAUGGCUUAUAUACACAUUCAUCCUGGUAAGAUGUCUGGGAAAUGAAAAAUGUCCCUGAUCUUCUAAGAAGCAAAUUACUGUUAGAAAUAUAUAUACACAAAGUGGGUUUUAGAAAAGGAAGCUACAGUUUAGAGCUUUGAAAACUAAUAUAUACACUGAAAGAGUGGUCUGUGCCACACUUCCACAAAGAAGGCUCCUCUGAGGCAACAGCAUGGAUUACAGAAGGGGGCGCACUCCAAUUGCAGGCAGACGAUUAAAAACAGCGCACCUCUUGUCCCUGAGGAGCAAAUGUCACAUAGCUCUGGACAUUGUAGGAACCCAAAUCAUCAAACAUCAUAGCCACUCGCUUCUCCUCAGGGGCCUUUGGACGUGGAAGGUGCUUUUGAUUUCGGGUAGUGGAAAUAGAAUGGCAGUCAGUUAUCCUAUCCUCCCGUUUCACUUCUCCAUGUUCCAGAGGAACAAGCCACCUGUGCUAGUGUUAUGUGGUGGUACACACCUGUCUAUCAGCCAGCAUGCCCCUUCUCUUCAGAGUCACACCAUAGCUCACCCACUUGCUUUUUACUUUCAGUGUCCAAAGGCUGCCUGCCCCUUUCA